UGGCACCACUGCGUUAGUUAGUAAACAUGUCGACACAGACACAAUGGCACUGGAAUCUCCUCCCUAGCGUUAUUUUGAUCGAAAUCCUGUCGUAUUUGCCGCUGUCUGACAGGAUUAACGCGUGCUCUACGUGCAAGGCAUGGCGAUCUGCUCUUUUCCACCCGAGUUUCUGGCGAAGGAUCGAACUGGUGUUUAAAUCGUGCGAGUGGAACAAGAUCGAGCGUUCGCGAUUCAUAGCGUCAUGGGGAGUCAGGAAACUAAGGUGCUGUGUCCUGCAUCUCGAGACUGUCAACAUCAACUGUUUAGUGGAGGCCGACCAUGUUUUACUAAGACUUUCCAGAAACCCACAGGUUGAAGAAUUAAUAUUGGUACCAACGCAUUGCCAUACCUUUGUAAAAGGUCACGAAAGGCCAUAUUACUUACGCAAUAACAAUAACAACAACAACAAGAAUAGCACUACACAUUCCCGUUGUGUAUCUCGCUCAAGAUCUUCAUAUCAGUUUAUUGAGAGUGCCCAGGAAUCUCUUCAGUGCAUCAUCAGCAACAGUCGAAGCUUGAAAGGGCUGACUCUUGGCUGCAUUCAAGACCUGACAGACCAAUCAGACAUAUUCCUUCCUCUCUUGGCACAACAUCAGUCAUCGUCACUAUCUACGUUAGGUUUAGCGUCGGUCAAAUAUGAUCCAAAUUCCUAUGCGCUUCUGGAUAUUACGCCAGACAACUUCACUAGUUUUACCAACCUCCAGGUGUUGACAUUAGAUUACGACUAUAUGAGCGAUCGAUUACUGAGUGUGCUGUCUACUCCAUAUAAUGCACCUUUGAGACGACUAGUGAUUCAUGUUCAUGGUAUUGACCAAACUCAUCGAGGAACCACUGAGUAUAUGUGGUAUCGCUUCAAACAGCAGCAUCCACAGUGCUCUUUAGUGAUAAACUUGAUUCAUUCAUAUGAUGGAGUUGAACAGCUUGGGUCAGGAUUGUUGCAUCCAUCGAUGCCCUUGACGCACUUUAGGGCAUUCUUUUGUGAAUGGAUAAACAUAGCAGCGUUGAGGUUAAUGUCAAACUGGUAUGCAGAAUCACUCCGUCAUCUUACUCUUGUGGAUUCUCUAGAUCACAGUGGCUGGGGCAUGUUGACCGAAGGUCGUGAUGAGGACCAGGGAUCUCCUGAUCCGCUUGUGAUGUUAGCUUGGAAAUGUAAAAACCUCCAGCACCUUACUCUGUUAGGUUAUGGAUAUGCUGGGAGUGAUGUCGUAGCCAUUGCAAGGCUUCGUGGUUCUGGACUGAAAGAGCUGAACAUACCAGAGGAUUGUCUAGAAGCAGAUGAUUCCCAUGAGUUAGCCAAUGAAGAGGACAUUGACAACAUUGCUGAGGAUGUUUCGGCUGGUUUGAGCAGAACUUGGAGGCCGUUGACUCUUUCCGAACUUCAUCCAUGUGUGCGAACUGUUAGCAGCUCAGACACUGACCAGUACAUACUCCCUAUUGUUUUGUCAGACUCAGUUUUAAGUUGAAGUCUUGCAUGAUAAAACUUUAGGUGAGAUGUUAUGAGCCCCAGAUCAGCAUACGAGUAGUAGACACCGCACAGACAUUGCAACAAGUGUUUCCAUCUUUGUUCUUUAUUUUUUUAAUGAAUACGAGAGCAUUGUGUAAGAUUACUUAAACAGUGUUUGAAUGCUUUACAUCUAAAAUAAAAAAAAUGUGAUUUUCAGUUUUAUUAUGUAAUGAGUGCCUAUCUUUCAAGUUUUAUUGUAAUAGUGGACAUAAAAAAUACUAUUGUCAGCCAAAUACUGAAUAUUGGAUAGUUUCUGUGAUAGCUAAAGCACAAUGAUAAGAGAUGUCGUCGUUAGUCCAUUUUUUCUAGGAUUAAUAAGUAGGUAUCCAGUAUUAGGAUUUUUUUAAUCAUUAUUUUAUCAAACACAGCUUUGAUGAAGCUGUUAUGAAUCAGAUCGCUGUAUCUAUAUGUUUGGAAUAUUUUUUUUAGUAAGUUUCAUAUCAUACGUGCAUGUCUUUACCUUCACUGACAUUCAUUAGUGUGACACACUCCAUCUCAGGGUACCCGAAGAGGGACAGUUGACUGAACCAACUUCAAAUUUUACAACUGUGCUCAAAUAAGGAAGACUGGCACUUCUCUUCACUAAUGUAAUUUUUAACAUUCCAUUCGUCUUCAGACAGAAAGCUGUAAAUUCAGGCACUGAGUCAUUGCCACUCACUACAGCUGUCAGUCAUUUGAAGAAAAUAACGAGAGUGUGUGUUGAUGAAACACCAUAUAUCAGCUUGUUCUGAGUAUCUCAUUUUGAAGAUCUUGUUGCAUUAUUUCUCAAAAAUGAAGUACUACAGUAUGGAAAGUGAACUUGAAUUUGUUGAACAGUUCACAUCUUUUGUGUUUGUGUGAGUACCAGAUUGGUUUCAAAUUGCACAUUCAGUUCAAGUCUGUAAGCAUUCAUCGAAAUACAUUAGUGGAUAGUCAAGACCAAUUUGUAUUUUAAGUCCAAACUAUAUACCUAAGGCAAUAUUAGUAAGGCCAAUCUAGCCAUAGUCUGUGAUUUAAUUAUCAAAGGCCUUUUUCAUCCAGCCAGGUUUAUCUAUAAAAAUUAAGAUUAUUUAUCUUAGAUUCUUUUGUGAAUAAUAUCAAGUCACCCAUUGACUUAGUAGGUUCAUUUUAUCACCCACCAUCAUGAACGAUCAGUCACCAGUGAAUGAGCCCACACUUAUAAAUACAGUAUAACAAUUUGGGCAACCAUUCCUGAUUGUGCAUGAGUACCUUCUAACAUCAUUUAAGUGGCCAGUAUGUAUGUGAAAAUACCGUAGUAGUGCACGAGUCUCACGGCAACCACAUGCUUCAUGACGACACAAGACUCCUUGCCAGUAGGGGCAGAAUGGCUAUGAUCUACAUUUGUUUCAAGAUCAUCCUACAAAGUGGCAUCCACAUGAAUAAAACCCUGAAGUGAAAGUUUGUCUUCUCUAGUUUCAGGGACUUUCAAUAGGACAGUGUGACAUGAAGUCUUAGCUUUAAUUUAAAAGGUUGACCAGAAUUCUUGAGGAAUAGCAGGGCUCAUUUUGCAGUUUUAGAAAAGGUCGGUUAUUUUUUGUUAGUCUGCAUCUCCUGUUUUUAAAACUGACAGGAUUAUUGCUUUAAUACGGAAGGAAGUUACUAGGUUAAAUAACCUUAAUAUUCCAGAGAAUUCUGGUCUAGUGACAAACCUAAAGAUAUUAUGAUACGUCUAGCACCUUUAGUUUUUGGAGAGUUGAAUGAGGAUGGGGCUGCCUAAGCUGACCCACAGAACAUCCGAGGGAACAUAUGAUUGGAAAGUGAUCUACAUUGGUUUAAAGAUCGACUUAGCAUGGUGUAGAGAGUAGAAUUGCUUGUUAGGUUGCGGAUGACCUUCAUUAGUCAUAUAUUACACAAAUAUAUAUCGAUGUAAUCUUUUUGUGGUUUCCAGUCUAUUCCUCUGUGUGUGGCUAUGAUAUUUAGGACAAUAUAUGAUAUUCAGUCGUAUGUGUUAAUUGUAAUUUGCCUUUCUUGGCAACAUUGUCUGUACGUUAAAUAUAGUACUUAUAUAUAUAUUUUUCCUCUAUAUACUUUUAAAAUACACUGAUGCAGUAAAGAGUUAUUAAUUUGAUCAGCAAGGCCAAUAUCUGCAAAAGAUUAGUGUGAAUUAAUAACCCUUUGCUUUAAUUUUUUUAGCUUAGUCUAGAAAUUAUAAAGCAUUGUAGGUUCAUGGUAUUUUACAGUAACUUUAGAAUAUAUUGAUGUAUUAAGCAAUAUAGAACCCUAGAUGGUUUUCCAUUAGCUUGUCUGUGUAAUAUUAGUUUCUUCAUUUUUACUAAAUUCUUAAUUUUAAGUUUCAGCUAAUAAUGCUAUCUGUAUUUUGAGAACAAAAUACUAUAUCAGAUGUGACAUGCUUGUAUGUGAUUUUAAUACUGGGUAUGGUAGUGUGACAUAGUCUUGUCUGUUGCAGGACAGUACAGCCAUAGUGGAGAGGAGGUACUAUAACAUUCAUCAUAAAUUUAUCAUAUAUUUGAUUAUUAAUGCCAUGUGAAAGUGAAACUACUAAGGAAGUGUAAUUAAAUACAUAUUCUGCUUAGUUGUAGAUCUCGUCUAAUUUUGAUAGAACCUUAAUAUGAUGCUGAUUUAGGUACACAGUAUCACAGUUCCACAUUCAAGGGCAAGAGAUUUUCCUGAGAAGGGUCACUUGUCAACUGUUAGGAAAUUGGUGUGGGGUUGAUUGCAAUUUAUGUGGGGUUUGUCCUAAAUAUUCACAUAGAAUAGUUAUUGAAUGCUGUAAUCCAAGAGAUAAGAAUUCUAAAACUGGUUUUCAGAGAGCUUGGGUAUGACAUUUUACUGCUGUUGCUAGAUGAAGAACUUGAGAAAGUAUUUGCAAGGUCCAUGAGCAUUACCUAUAUUUUUACCUUUUGAGGAUGGUUUGGUAAAUACGUACAGUAGAACUCUGUUUUUGAAGACUUUUAACAGUACACAAAGAUGUUAGAUAUCUGUUAUUGCAUUUAAUAAGUCAAGUCCAAGUGGACCAUAUGCAGUGUUGAUUUAUUUUUUAUUUUUAUCACUCUUAUCAUGGUUGACCUGAUUUGAAGAUUCCCACAGCGAUGCUUGAGCUCUUUUUGUGGAAGUGAUACGUUGUGUAUUCUUAAAAUUUGCAUUGUUGGUUGCAUGUCUCACCCUGUGCCAGCAGGAGAAAUAGUUCAUAGGUGAUUUGAAUGAGUGGAAUUGCUUAUUAUUAUUAGCAUAUGAGUAAAAUUUUAUAAAAGGUGGAGGGUACAGCAGCACAAAGUUAAAUUUCCCUAUUUUUUAAGGAAAAGCGUGUCAGAGCUUGUUAGUAUUAAGGAUACAUAUAUGUUUUAUUUCUCAAAAGAUGUGGCAGAGGAUUAUCAGUUCAUAUAUAUAUAUAUAUGUACAGUAGUUUCAUUGUGAAAUUCCAGUGAACUGAGAUCAGUAUUAAGCGAAAUAUGAGGCGAAUUAGAGGUUUCUAUAUUUUGAGGUGAAUUUGAGGUUUUGAUGUCAUUGUUCAGCAGUCAAAUCUGACGUUAUCGGGAAAGAUUGUGCUUUCAGUCUUUAUAAGUAGGGAACAUUUUCAAGUUUUGAUAGACAUUUGCAGAGGCUGUUGCAGCUUUGUGUAUUUUAUCAAAGGUCCCCCCUAAACACUAAUAACCAGUGUAGAAUUGCUCUGUGGAGCUUGAUUAUAAUAAGAGCACGAAGUCCAUUUCACUUUAAGCUAACUAUCGCAAAAAAGAAGGGCAAUCAAACAAAUCAUUAUCUGUCUUGUAUCUAUAUUAUUAACUCAAAAACCCUAGUUGUUCUAUUUAAGUCAGAUUAUUAACUUUGUACUAUGUUCCUCAUUCAAAAAUGGUAACCACUGCAUAAUGCAUACUACAUUGCAUCGUUGGUUUUUUCCUUCAUCACUGUUAAUAAUCUGCUUUAAUAAUACUAUUUCCGGUGGUGAUGAUGAUAUGCUGAUUGACAAUAUAAAAUUACUACUACUGUGUUUUUUAAACUUAAAAGCUGAGCUGCUUUUUUAGGCAAUUACACUAUGUGAUUUUGAAGACCAAAGAAAUGUCACAAUGCGUUUCCUUCAUUUAUCUCUUUGUUUUUAGGAUCUUAUUUAUCACAUUAUUUAACUUCCAUAUAGCUGGAAAAGCAAAGUGUAGGUGACAUAUCAUGUCCUCAACUUUAUCAGAAAUGUAUCUGAUAGACCAAAGAUAUUUUUUUAAUUUCUGCUUUUGGUGGCAAAAAGUCAUGGACUACUAUUAUUUCUCUCUAAUGUUCACAUGCCAACAGUAGCACCAAUAUGCAGCUGCUGCUGCCGCCAUGUGUCUACAGAUGAAACUAUAUGUGAUAAUCGAGUACCUUAUCUAACAUGUGCAUGCCAUGUAUAUAUAUGCGCUAUAAGUUUAUAAAUCUGUUGUUGUUAUGUGGAAGGCUGCACAAGUACUCUGCUGUAUUUUCAUAUUACUAAUUCAUCGUAUUGGGAAGAUUAUGACGAUCGCCUUCUUUCAUUUAAGUGUUGGAAAUGUUCUGUUCAGUGCUUUGUUGCAGAGUUCUUUUUUGUACAUUAUUUUCCCCAGCUUUGUGUACUACAUCUUCCUUUGAUUACCAGUAUUUAUCCUUUCGAUACUUUUUUAAGUGUCUUAGUUGACAGAGUUUUAGCUGCCCUUUGGAAAAUCACUGUUAUUGUUCUCUUGAUUUAUGAAAUUGAGUACUAUCACUUGAACACUUGAAAUUGAAUGUGUUUUCAGAGGCUGUCUUUUUGUCAAGGUAUCCUUAUCAUUAACUUCUGGAAUAUGAUGAUGACCUAGAACAAGUCACCAAUUGUAGUUGAAGCCCAGCAGAGGGCUGCACUAGUAGAAUAAGACCCCAGUUAUUCUCAGAAGAGGCUGCUGUCAUCAUUUUCUGAUCAGUAGAAUACACUCGCAGCCUCAACUUCUCAAAUAAAUGGAAUACAGUUAAUUUUAGUUAUUAGUAUGCUAAUAGAUUAAUGGUAAGUCACUGUGUACCGUUAUUCCAAACUUUAGGAAAAUUAAGAAAAAUGAGCUGUGCUGUUUAGUUCCCCUCUCAUUUUUUUAAUUUGACAAUUUGGAAAAGUCAUACAACUUUUUCAUAGGCAGCUUAAUGUAGUAUUAAGUUUAGUGUCUGGAUGACCAAGAACCAAGAACUGCAGUGCUUAUUUGAUAAAACAGUAACCACGAAUCCAUCCAGAAAACAGGUUCAUAAGGCUUGCUGCUGUUGAUCGUAGCUUUUACCCUAAAAUGGUUUGAUAUAUAAGGGCUAUUUAAGUAGUGUUUGGAAUAUUUUUGAAGAAAUGCACUAAUGCAGAAGUGCUGGCUUUUCUGGUAAUAAUGGUUUUAAUCCUAUAAUUUCUGCUGUCCUUGUCAUUUUUAGAUGCUGAUCAAAUAGAACCAGCCAUUUUUAGUGUUUAGAUUGCCAAAGUUGUCUGCAGGUUUGAAGUCUUUUACGAUCAAACAGUCAAAACAUUAUUGAAGUAUAGGAUUUUUGUACUCUCUUUUUCUGCAUUAUAGAAAACCUUAAUUGCAACAACAUACAUAAACAAAUGACAAAAUUUCAUAUAGUGCCACCCAUAGUUUCCAAGAGAAUUUGAAUCUCAAUUCUCCUGUACGCAGUUGCAUAAGCACCUAAAGCAGAUAGAAGUGUUGCGCUGUUGCUAAUGAAAUGCUGCUGAAGUGUGUAAGUUCGUAUUUUCUGUCUUUAUACAUAGCCACAAAACCAAAAGUGGCAGUUGAAGCUGGAUGUCUGGGUUGAGGACUGUAAGGAGGAAAUAAAUAUGGCCUACUUUAGUAGGUACAUUAGGGGUAUGUGAAUCAUUCCUCAAAGUUAUAUAUCUAGAAAUAAGGACUGCAGAUUAUAUAGGUCUUGUUGCUGACUAACAUUAGCAGUUGCAGUUUGAUUUGAUCAUCUUAAUUCAGUGUGGAUAUAAUUUGUUUAAAGUUUUGAGUAUUCAGUAUUGUUUCCACUC